UGACUAUAUCUAUUGACCAGGCUAAAUCCUGACUUAGGAUUCUUUCCUCAUAACUAUUGUUAUUCUCCCUCGUCUUCUUUUAACUCAUUGCAUUGUAUUGCCUCUUCAGCAUACAAUGCUGAAAAGUAUCUUAGGAAUCCUCAGCUGCUACCCAGAUUGAUUUAACUGGGUUUCAGAGCAUCCAUUGAUUCAAAUCAAGCAGAAAAAAGCAUGUCAAAUUCUCCAGCCAUGCCCAAACAAUGGGGAUCUGCAAAUUCUGAGUCUCCAAAAGGAUUCAACCAGAGUGUGCAUCCAGACACUUUUGUUGAGAUAGACAGCCAUAGCUUCAAGGAGCUUGUGCAGAGACUUACUGGGGCUUCAGAGAAUUCUGAGAGCAAAAAGCUCCCUGUUACCAGGCCUGCAAGAACUCCAAAGAAAGAUGGUCCAGCAGAAGGAAUGAAAUCAGGUUGGAAUUGUGGAUUCCAAGUGGGUAUUCAGAAACCAGCCUUCAAGCUCCAGGACAGAAGGAAAUUCCAAAGAAAAUUGGAGAUCAAUUUGGGUCUGAAUGAUCAUCAUUAUGCACACAGAUUAACAGGUAAUCAUUAUUAUGGGUUGUCUUCUGUGACUCUUCCAGCACUGAUUUCCAGCCCUAUCACUCCUCUUGGGCCUUUUGAUCCAUUUAAUUCUCCACCAAGUUACUAUUAUGAUUCCACUCCCACAUCCUGCUGUCAAUCCUUGUGUUUGGAAGAGGAAAAGGAAAAGUUCUGUUUUGAGGGUUCAGCAGUUAGUGUGAAGAGGGAACCAGAGUUGCUUCCCCUGUUUCCCCUGCAUUCUUCAAGACAGUCCAGUCCCUGAUAUGAGGUUGUAAAUGGAAUUGUAGGUUUCUGCUAUUUAUAAGAUUGUUUAGGCUGCAUGGGUUUCCCAAAUUUUGUAACAGGCAUGUCUAACAUCUCUUCUAUUCUGUGAAUAUGAAUGAACAAUUCUGCUCAUGUGAAUUA